UGUGGUCCGUCGGUUUCCUAUCGGACGGACGAUGGCGACGGUGGUUUCGUACAUUACAUUGACGAGAAUCCCCUUCUACAGUUCGACCGAGGCCCUCGCCGGCGCCGGCGCCGCCACGCCCAUCUCCAUCCCCGACCACCACUUCUUCUCCGGCGAGCUCGCCUCGGGAGACGAAUCCGCAGCUCCAGAGGCAGAGAAUCGAAUGCUACUACCACCCGUGAAAGGUACGGUGUGUCGUGUACCGCCUUGAAAUCUUAGCUGGUUCGCCGGUGAUCAUGCCGUGAAGCCGCCGCCGCAGGCAUCUUCCCGGCGAGCGAGUUGGUAGGGGCGCUUCCACUCGCGUAGCUACGAAUCUUGGCCUUCCCGGCGGCGAUUGGAUGGUGCCCCUGACCCUGAGGUGAAUUCCAAGAAGAUCCAAGAACCAUCCCCUCCCCGGAUGGAUGACGCGGAGGCGAACAUCCUCGCGUCCCUCGGCCGCGUGCGCCUCUGCGACCUCGCCGCCGCCGACGGCCUCCCGUCCGACGGCUACAAGAUGUGCGUGUCGGCCCUGAUGCAGUCGCUGGCGCAGUACUCGGCGGCCGUCGUCGAGCUGCCUCCGGCCGACGGCGCCCUGCUGAGGUCGGGGCUGGACUCCGCACGCCUCUUCUUCCACCAGCGAGGGUACGGAUCCGGCGAGGCCGGCGGCGGCGGCGGUGGCGGCGGCUCGGGUGAUGCCCGGGAGUGGUGCAAGACGUCUGGCUACUAUGCUGAUCCUCAGAUGUGGCUGGAAAUGUAUGAUUUCAGGCCCGGCAUCACGCCGGUAGAGCCGAACGGUGUGGCGGAAUUGCCGCCGUCCGGGUUGCCUGAUAUGUUUUCGGUGCUUGGGAAGGUUUCCCGGGAGGUCUUGGACGCGAUUAGCUUCUCGCUGAAUCUGCGUAGCUCCACAUUUACGGAGUUGCUUGACAACAUACCCUUGAGAAGCCAGGAGGUAUCAUCUUCUGUUCUUUCGGCAUGUUGUCAUUCGAGGCCGUCGAUGGAAGGAGCACAGCAGCAUAGCGUCGCUUCUCAGGAUGAUGAACAAUUGCUCAUGUUUUCGGAUCAGGAGAACCAGAUUGACAAGACUUUGCUUACGCUGGUUAAGUCGGAUAGGUCGGGCCUGUAUAUCAAAGAUUUGCAAGGGCGCUGGAUUCUUGUCGAUGGGGAUCUUGGUCCGCUUGAUAUUGUUGUCUAUCCUGGCCUUGCGCUUUAUCGGGAAACAGCUGGCUAUGUAAACCCAGCUGUGCACAAGACGGAGGUCGGCAACUUGCAGGAAUGUAUGUUUGGGCGGUGUUCGUUGGUGUUCAAGCUCAUGCCUAGGUCAGUUGCAAGGCUGAGUGGUGAAGAGAUGAGGGCUGCUGGCCAUGGUGUUGAUGCUCAGUUUCAGGUCCCCAUACUAGUUAAUGAUUUCAUGCAGACAGAACAUUCAGCAAAUCAACUUUUUCCCAAGAACAAUGAACCAUCACCACAUGUUGAACAGGAAGCAUCGUAUAACUUUGUGAUGAAGAGAAAGAAGGAAGGUAGAAAAACAAAGGCACUCCCUCCUUCCAAAAGACUUCGCCUAGAGGCGCAGAGGGUGCUCAAGGAGCGUGUCCAGGAUAUUGCGGAUAAGAAAGGCAUCAAGCUGAGAUUUUGCAGUCUCAGGGACUGUGAAAGCCACAUAAAAUCGUUAGACCGUCCAUGUGAGAACAUCAGAACUGAAAUCGGAUGGCCGCCAGGGGUUCCAUUUGUCCAUCCACAUGACCUUCCAAACAAAGCAAAGCUCAUGUUUCUGGAAGCCUAUGAACCCGGAUGGACUGCCUCCCAGCAAGAUUUAGAGGAGCAGGUCUCUGUAAAUUUAGAUGCAUUACCAACCUUGGAUAUGUUUUGAAUUGCAGGGUUGGAUCAGUAGUUUAAUGAUCUCACCUACAUGCUGAGGAGUGAGGAGCUAGAAAUGUAUUGCUGACGCCAAAUGGAUGUAGAAAUGCAUACCAAGAUUACUGACAGUCUGACACCAAACGCCGUUGAGAACAUUGAGCUUGAGCAUCUGUAAAUGUAACCUACUUACUGCUGCGAUUGUGUUAUAUUCAGAUGUGCUGUGAUCGGAUCGAGAUCCUUUGACUUA